GCUGUCAUGCUGAUAAACAAAAAAAACACUACUUUCGUCGUCCACGCGAGUUGCUGUCGUUCUGUUGGUUCUGGUGAAAAAUCUAGAGGUGAUUUAAACGGAGAUUUCGAAUAUAAUACAGUGUCGUACAACAUGACGGAAACGGAUGUGACCACAAUGUUUCCAAAGCUAAACAUCGAGGAAGAUGCGGAACUGGGAGCUACCGAAAUCGAGUCCAUGUGCAUGAACUGCCAUGAGGAUGGAACAACCCGGCUCCUGCUCACGUCCAUUCCAUUCUACAAAGAGGUGGUCUUGAUGUCGUUCAAUUGUGACCACUGUGGAUUCCAGAACAAUGAAAUACAACCGGGCGGCGAAAUGGCACCCAAGGGGAUCCGAAUCAGCGUUAAGAUCAAAACGGCGAAGGACUUGAAUCGUCGCGUUGUCAAAUCGGACUUUUCCAGUGUGCGAAUAGAAGAGCUGGAUUUCGCCAUUCCGGCCCAGUCGCAAAAAGGAGAGGUAACUACCGUGGAAGGAAUCAUAGACCGGGUGGUUCGCGGACUGGAACAAGAUCAACCGGUACGGCGGAUACAGCAUCCGGAAGCGGGCGAGCAAAUCGAUACCUUCGUAGCCCGACUCAAGGAGCUGAAAGAGAUGAAGCAACCGUUUACGAUUACGAUCGAAGACAUUUCCGGCAAUAGCUUUGUGGAGAAUCCCCUGGCGCCGCACCCGGACCCCAAUACAAGCAUUUCAAACUUUGUCCGCAGUAAGGAACAAAAUCAUCUUUUGGGAAUCUUCACCCACAAUGAAGUUGGGGAUGAGAAACCAAAAGCACCGAAAAUCAUACCGGAAGAAGAGGAUAAUAUGCUGAAAAUGAUUUCGGAAGGAUCGUGGCCGCUGGAGGAACUCCAUGGAGAAGUAUUGCGUUUCCAGACCAAUUGUCCGGAAUGUUCGGCCGAUUGCGAAACGAACAUGAAAGUGACCAAUAUACCGCACUUCAAGGAAGUGGUCAUUAUGGCGACGGUCUGUGAUAAUUGUGGUUUGAGGACGAAUGAAGUCAAGCCAGGCGGAGGCAUAGAAGAGAAAGGUGUGCGUAUCGAAAUAAAGGUUCGCGGCAAGGUCGACUUCUCCAGGGAUGUGCUUAAAUCGGAGUCUUGCGAUUUGCGUAUUCGGGAGCUGGAUUGCGAGGUUGGUGCCGGUGCCCUAGGGGGACGUUUUACCACGAUCGAGGGUCUGUUGACGGCCAUCAAGGACCAGUUGGUCGAGAGCACCGGAAUGUUUAUGGACUCCAAUGAUGAGGCCACCCAGCGCCGAAUGGACAGCUUCUUUGGUCAGCUGGAUGCAGCUAUCGCGGGAGACAAACCAUUAACGCUAGUGCUGGAUGAUCCUACAGGAAAUAGUUACGUGCAGACACUGAAGGACGAUGGUACGCCGGAUGAUGCGUUGCGGAUAAUACGAUAUCACAGGACGCAUGAACAGAAUGAGGAACUCGGUUUGAAUGAUAUGCGGACAGAGAAUUAUGAACAAAAACAGGAAUAGGGGCUAGUUUGUUUACGUACUUUUCUAACAUUACUCUGUGCUUUACAUUAGAAGAAAAAUGUAAUAGAAUCUUGAUCCAAA